UAGUGGCAGCUUGUUUACACCCCUCCCUUCUCCUCAGUCGACACAGAUCCUCCUCCAGCCUCUUUAAACUGCUUUCACCGCCACAUUAACGAUAUAUUUUCGGGGAGGGGGGUGUUCAGUCUUAAUAUCCCCGUCCUCCUGCCCCUCACAUGUAUCCGUGUGUCUCGGAGGAUAUUUCUCUUUCGUCUGGAGCCGAAACCGAGCACAGACGGAACUGUGUUACGAGCUAACGUUCCUUUGGUGGGCGAAGAAAGCAGAGGAGCGCGCCCGGGCCUGGCUGCUCCGGAGAGUCGACGCGAAACGACGGAAUUCACCCUAAUCAGGCUGCACGCCGCCCUGCUAUGGAGAAGAUGAAGAGGAUUAAGAAGCGGCUGUCGUUAACGCUGCACUCCAGUCAGACCAUCGACGAGUCGCUGUCUGAGCUGGCCGAGCAGAUGACCAUCGACGACGGAGGCACAAAGGACAACGAGCCCUUCAUGAGGAACGGGCGCCCCCCCACCUCGCACAGCAUGCACUCCUUCCUCCACCAGUAUACCGGCUCCUUUAAGAAGCCCCCGCUCCGCCGGCCGCACAGUGUCAUCGGCGGCACCCUGGGGUCCUUCAUGGCAAUGCCUCGCAACGGCAGCCGUCUAGAUAUUGUGCACGAGAACUUGAAGAUGGGCUCUGAUGGGGAGAGCGACCAGGCGUCGGGGACGUCAUCAGACGAGGUUCAGUCUCCGACUGGCGUCUGCCUGAGGAACCGCCUCCACCGGAGGAUUUCCAUGGAGGACCUCAACAAGCGCCUGUCGCUGCCGGCCGACAUCCGAAUCCCUGACGGGUACUUGGAGAAGCUGCAGCUCAGCAGCCCGCACUUCGACCAGCCGCUCAGCCGGCGCUCACGCAGAGCCUCGCUGUCGGAGAUCGGUUUUGGCAAGCUGGAGACGUACAUUAAGCUGGACAAACUGGGGGAGGGAACCUACGCCACAGUAUUCAAAGGGCGCAGCAAGCUGACGGACAACCUGGUGGCACUGAAGGAGAUCCGGCUUGAGCACGAGGAGGGGGCGCCAUGCACGGCCAUCAGGGAAGUGUCGUUACUGAAGGACCUCAAACACGCCAACAUCGUGACGCUUCACGAUAUCGUCCACACUGACAAAAGCCUCACGCUGGUCUUCGAGUAUCUGGAUAAGGACCUGAAGCAGUACAUGGAUGACUGUGGAAACAUAAUGAGCAUGCACAAUGUGAAGGUUUUCCUGUUCCAGAUUUUGCGAGGGCUGUCGUAUUGUCAUAAGAGGAAAGUUCUCCACAGAGACCUGAAGCCCCAGAACCUCCUCAUCAACGAGAAGGGGGAACUCAAACUGGCUGAUUUCGGGCUGGCGAGGGCCAAGUCCGUCCCGACCAAAACCUACUCCAACGAGGUGGUGACUCUUUGGUACCGGCCUCCUGAUGUCCUGCUGGGAUCCUCCGAGUACUCUACACAGAUCGACAUGUGGGGUGUUGGCUGCAUAUUUUAUGAGAUGGCUGCAGGUCGGCCGCUGUUCCCCGGCUCCACGGUGGAAGACGAGCUGCACCUCAUCUUCAGGUUACUGGGCACGCCAAAGGAGGAGAACUGGCCGGGGAUCUCCUCCAUCGAAGAGUUUAAAUCCCACAACUUCCCCAAAUACAAGCCGCAGCCGUUAAUCAACCACGCUCCCAGGCUGGACGGCGAAGGCAUUGAGCUGCUGCUGGCUUUCCUCAGAUACGAAUCCAAGAAGAGGAUUUCAGCUGAAGAGGCCAUGAAACAUUCCCACUUCCGGCAGCUCGGGACGAGAGUCCACACACUGCCUGAGAGUGUAUCGAUAUUCACGUUAAAGGAAGUGCAGCUGCAGAGGGACCCUGGUUACAGGAACUCCUCUUACCCGGAGUCAGGUAACGGCAAGAUCAACAGGAGGCAGAGCAUGCUCUUCUAAUGUCUGGUGAAGAAGAUGGUCGGCUACCCACCUUCAUCAUCCCUUCCCACCAACCUCUCGCAUGAGCCCACCUCCCCUUUGUACCUGCACACACACAUAAACAUGCACACACACACACCCCUCUGAGCUUGUGACUCUGGGUUAAAUCUAUUUGGAAACUGUGUUUAUUUAUUGGGGGGGGCGGGUUGAGGUUGAAUUAUUUGCUGCUAAACUACUACUGUCUGUAUUUAACACACCGUCUGUGUGUGCGCGCGCGCGUGUGUGUGUGUGUGUGUGUGUGUGUAUAUGCAUGAUGUGAACUCGAGACGCCAUGCACAGUUGAGCAGUCAGAAAGGUGACCAUUGUUUUACUCCUGACAACGAUUCUCCGGCUUCAUUUGAGUUAGAAUUCCACUGAUGUCGAUGUCGGCGCUGUGAUCCAAGUUGUUGUUGUCGUGCUUGGAGACCGAAACGCUUCAGCUUCUUUAAUGUUCUUUCUUUUUUAUAAAUAUGUAUAUUGAUAUCUAUAUAUUUGGAGUUUGUUCUGUUUUUCUUUGAGCUUCCGUGACUGAAUUGCACAACAUUUCCAAAUUUAAAAUGGCCGUGACGUGAGAUGGUGGGGGCAGAAAUAACGCUGCCUCGGGAUUCCUCGUCGUUUCACAGUAACAUUUGAGUUUACCUUACUUCUAGAUGCCCCGGGGUGGUCGGGGAGGGGGAGCACUGAGGGUCAAACAGCAGGACUUUGAGCUGAUUAUGGCUGCAGUUUUACAUUGAUGGUUUAAGAAGCACACAGUCCAAUCAAACUUGGGUUCUUUUGUUCUUGUUUGACCAUCCAGCAAUGGGACCAAACAGAGGAGAGGGGGCCCGGGGGCCGGGUGGGUGGCGCCAAGCACAGUUGAGAGAGGAAUGUUGGAGCUGAACAGGAAGUGACGUCCCACAGGAAGCCAUCAAACCUUCCCUGAGACCUCUCAAAAGACUGCCAGGAUUUUAGUGCUUAAAAAAGAAAAGGAAAAAAAAAGAUGCAAGCUACACUUUCUCCCUCGGUGCUUUGAGAUCUCGCUGCAGUAAGUCUGUUUUUAAAUGACACCUUUAAUGUGUUGUUUUUGGAAUCAGGGGCCGGCGCCCAAAAGUAUUAAGUGUCCUCUGUGUCUGUGACCUCUGACUUCUCCAGUGUGGCAGAUUUUUCAGAGGGGGGUUCAAAAGCCUGAUGGUGUUUUUUUCACUUGGUGUUAGACCACUGCUCUCUGGCAUUUGUACACAAGAUUAAAAAAAAAAUUCAAAUUGAAAUUUUAGAUUCAACUGCCUGCAGUGUUGUUUGCGACUGACAGUGAUGCUUACAGAUGAAGCCGGUUGAGAAUUCUCACUUUUCACUGCACGUUUACUGAAGCAAAUAGAAGCUCUCCCAAAAAAAAUUCUGAGGUGUCAGCUGGUGUGCUUUUCAUCCCUGGUUUGAAUUAUUUCUGGUGUAUUCUCAUCUAAUCCAGAUAAUUCCAGCAGCUAUGUGCUGGCAAAAAGUGCUUUUCAGGAAUGUUUGACAUUUUGAUUUGAGGGAUGCCCCUCUCCUAUCUGUACAGUAAGUAUGAAGCGAGCUGCAGGAGCCUGCUGGCUCAGUAAGGUCAGCUUAUUUGAGCGUGAAGACUUGAACAGAGGCUUACCUGGCUACGUCCGAUGGUUACACAUCUGCCCUGAUUUUUUUUUUUUGCGUUCUAGAUUAUUUAUGCUAAACUGGUCCCGGACCACAUGUUGAUUUUGCAGACUCCAGUUGUGGUACUUUUUGUCUACCCGGCAAGAAAACAAAUCCUUCAAGAACUCCUUCUAAACGGCACACACGGCCGCUUCAACACUCACAGUAGUUUAUAAGGAGAGCAGUGCAUAAGCUCCUGCACUGAAUUACACAAGGAAUGCAUUGAACAUCACAAGUUGAAGAGUGUUAGAAGAUCUUGGGGGCGCUUUUCUGUUACUGCAGCUCUGUUGCUCAACAUCUACAUGAAAAUUUCAAAUGUAUUUUACGGAGUCUGCCGAGAUUUAAAGAAUUUAAACAGAGUUGCUGAUUGGGUAGAACGUGACAGACAAAUGUUGGAAGCAUGACUAAUGGUUAACUCAUUAACAGCCUAGAGAAUUAAUGUAUAAACAAUUAACUUUAUAACAGUUUGCGGCUGACAGUGUAAUAAUCCUGUAAAAAUACUCAUCAUUUUCCCUAAUCAAAUCCUUAGGAUAAGGAUAGGUCCUUUUUCACAAUGUUUUAGAUUAGAUUAGAUUUUGUGAGUUCAUAAUUUAACAACCAGAGCUCGCAACGUACAAAUGCAGAUGGAAGAUACGAUUUACAUUUCAAAUAAUCUAACAAUCAUUGUACUCACAGGAGAAAUUGUCAUUAUAUUAAUGGUUGACAUCCUGUAUCACAUUCCCCAAAUGAUUUCUCCAUAGGUAGCUCUACAAUGAGAAAACAUUUUUCUUCUCAUGUUGUAUUUCACGUGAACUGCAUCAGUGUUUGAAUGCUUCACUGAAACUUUAUCACACUUACAAUAAAUUGUCUUUUGUUUGUCA